UGAACUGACUGCAGGUUGGGUUGUGUAUGCGUAUGUGUGUGUGUUUACAAACAUCUCUCGCUGCCUUUAAGGGCGUCCUCGGGAGAGGCUGAAACCAGACGCAGUGGGCUGGAAAUAAGAGGUCGUUCCACCGGGAGAAUUAAUCAGUAACUCGCCGAGGGAGGGCACUGAGCAGCGUCUAGCUGCAGUUCAGAGAGAGCAGGGGCUCACUUCAGGAGCUGAGAACCAAUCGACCCCAAUUUGUACAGGAUACAGGUUCCAUUUUAAAACAGUCUCGCAUUCAUCCGCUGUUGUUGUCCUGAGAUGCCAGUGGAGUCAUUGUACGCAGAGAUGGAUUUUGAUGUUUCUCCGAGCUCUAAGCAACACAGCAUUGAAAGGAUGGUAAAUGGAGACAGUGGCUUCAGCUCCACGUCACGGAACUCUGAUUCGGAAGAUGAGCUCAUGAAUUAUCUUUCUCGCGAGGAACAAGAGUGCAUUUUGUUCUUUGACAACACACUGGAUUCUCUGAAGGAUGAUUUUGAGGAAAGUAGCUCAAACUCCAGCGCACAAAGUGAGGAUACAGCCACACCAACCAGGAGUAACUCAGAAAAUGAGAUCAUUGAUUUAGUGGCCAUCCAAUCUCAGCCAGUAGAAUUCAUCCCUAAAUAUGAUAACGUGUUUCCAGUUGAUGAAGGCAGAGGGAGACUUCGGAAAGAGGAAGCCCAGGUAAACCAAGAAAAACCCACAGUGAAGGAGCCACGCAGCCCACCUCCCACUACGUACACACCACAGUUAACCAAGCAAAGGAGCCUUGAGAGGACGGCUCCCGAACCUGCAAUAGAACCCGGACGAGCAUACUACAGCCAGACAAAGCCGCCGGGGUCGGUGCCAACUCCAAUGGUUAUUGCGCAGAAGAUUGCAGCGAGAAAUGUAGGAAACGGGAUCCUGCAGCCCACAUCUCCAACUGAGAGGAAGCCAUCAACCCAAGGGAAGGACAGAUCAAAUCCAACCUCGCCUACUGACAAUCGGGCAUUUCUGCACAAAAAUGCAAAGAUCCAAAGGUUUCCAUCUAACAUUAGCAUCUCCAUGUCCAACAAGGAGUACAACAGCACUAUCUCCAAAGCAGCAGUCAAAGUGCAAGAGCGCAAAGCUCAAGUGUUAGCCAACCUUGGCGGUGCAAGCCUCCUUGCUGCCGAGUCGGAUGAGAGACAACUCAAGGGUUUAGUUGGUAGCCCAAGACAGAGUUUGUCUUUGAAACAGUCUGUGCCCAAUGAACCGAUGGCUGAGGCAGCAUCAAAGCUGGGGUCGGUCAAAGAAUCGUCGGACGAGACCGAUUUGGGGUUAUCGAAUGGCUUCAGACCAAAGGUCAGGGGUUCUGGCUCAAGUCAGUCCGUAAAGGUCCAUACUGCGACUAACGGUGGUCACGUGACCAGCCCUACUUCAAAAGCUUCCACCCCCAAACCUGGAACCACAGAGUCCCCCCCUCGGACUGAAUCACUGAACACUUCGGCGGUGCGUAGAACACAGUCUUUCCAAAAGCCGUCGGGAUUCCGGCCACAGGGAAUCACUGUCCAGUUCUCGGGUCGCGGUUCAACCGACGAAUCCCGGAAAGAAGCACUCCGGAAGUUGGGGCUGUUGAAGAUCAACAAGGAUCAGUGAAGUCCUGACUGAUCCCUUUCAGGAAUAUUUAUAAUGCUUUAUUAAAUUCAGAAAUGAGGAUGCAGGUUCUUCUAUGCUGCCUUUGGAUUGAACCAAAAGGAUUUCCAUGAACAAUUGUUGGGUUGUGACUUCACAUUCAAUUGCCUGGGAAUCUGCACUGUUUAGACCCAGAACAAAGGUACCCACUUGGUCAACUUGUCCACUUUACAUUCACAAGGACCCCAGCAAAUCUUGGCAUGGGACCCACCGGAGACAAAUAAACCCAGUGGAACACAGCAACCUCACCCAAUUGGGCAACGUUCAUUUCUUUAAUUCAGUUUGGAGCAAUGCAGGACAUCCAAAAAGCUUCAAGGUGGAAAAUGUUGGGUACUGCGGGUUACUGUCUCUGUGUAAAGAUAGUGUACCACUAGGAGUUUGUUUGCCUAAAUAAAUGUCACAAUCGUCACCUUGAUGCAACUCAGUGAGCUGAGAAUGCUAAAUGACAUCUGGUCAGAUACUAACCUCCAUCUUUUGCUCCCGUAUCAUCGUCCCAGCCUGCAAAGUGUUGAUAGAUCUCUGUUUAUGCCAAAUAGUUCACAAAUUAGCCAUAUCUAGGGGAAUAUGGGCAUUGACACUUACCUGAUCUGUGUGGUUUGGAUCUGCGCAGAACUUGCCCAAACUGUGAGUGCUGAUAUUGGGACACUAUGUCCUUGCACCCAAAAAGGCCAACAGUACAAUAAUUUUUGGGUGUGUUUGCAGAGUAUAGCAAGCAAAUCACUAAUCUUUCAGCAGGGCACAUUCUAUCAGCUAGAACAAAUAGAGUGGAUUAAGCUGCUCGUUCUAUACAGGAUAUUAAUGGAAUAUGAUGGAUGUCUUUGUCAAAUCCUCAGAAAUCUUUAUUUUAAUAUUGUCCUUAAUGAUACAUUAAUAGGCACUUUCCCUCAUGUUAAGUAAUGCAUUAAGGGUUAUAAUUACAUGUUGGAGGAUAUGGUUCUUUUCAUAAAGUGGUUGUAAUAUGAAACCUUAAGUUAAUGAACAAGAAUUUUCAAUUAUGUGAAGGGAGUGUCCAUUUUGUUCAACUUUGCCUGUCAAUGAAAAUACAAUGAUUGCCAACAGUUCACUAAUGUCUUAAAACAAUGUUAACAGUGACCCAGUGUAGGGUCUUGGUCCUGAUGGUUUGUAAUUCUAACGAGUUUAGCUGCAGAUAAAGAAACCAUAGUUCAUUAAGAAUCACUGGCUAAUUUUGUAAUUUGCAUUAUAAGGGACUCCCCAUCUCUGUCACUGUGCCCCUCCCUUAUAAAACCUUUGGUCUCAAACCAUUUUCAGAAGUGAUGAACUAAAGCCUUAUUUCCAUUCUUGUCAGGGUGUUGUUCCUUCCCAGGCCUGUGUCCAACUCUUCCAUAAUUCUGACCGACGGGAGCCCUGGGAAUUCUCUGCUGCUCCCUUAGCCCACUGCUCAUCCCUGAAGCCUUUAACAUGGAGCUGAACAAUGGAGGUGGCGUAACGAGCCAAGAGUCUGCCUCUAGUUCCUCAUCCGCACCCGUACAGUGAGUCCACUGAUUCCUCCUUCUACCUCAGCACAGGGAGUCUGUUGUGGGUUGAUCCUUGGAGCUCUGUGCAUCCUCAGGAGAUGCUGCCUGUUCCUAGUGACACCACUGAUAAAAGUGGGAUCAGUACACAUAUCAGCUGAUGGCGCAGGUCUCUAGCACCUCCCGUAACCCUUUACGCAUUCAAUAUCUGUCUACCUCUUCUCCUUUUAAAUCCCCCAUUAACUCCCAACUCUUUAACAUCACAUUUAUCACCUUCAUUAUCACUGGUUCAAGCAAAUUUUCCUUGGAUUUCACUGAAUAUUGGAGCAAAUAUUGAAGCGGGAAUGGACUAUUCAGCCUGUCAAGUCUGCUUCAAUAACAUCGUGGCUGAUGCUGCCCAGUCUCUCGCAUGAAUCCCAUAUACGCUAAUUCUAUUAAUAUCCAAGACUCACUAGAUCUAUUCCCAUCUGCCCACCAUCUCUCCCUUAUUUGGUUCCACUAUUCACCUUUAAUCAGAUUCCAUAACUUGCUUCCACCCCAUCACCUCCCGGCCUCUGUCGCUACCUCCACCCUCCCCUCC